UUUGAGGCUCACCACCCACAACACCUCACAAGUGUCACAUAGCGUAGCACGUACUGUGUUUUGUGUGUGUCAUAGAGUGAGAGAGUUAAGAGAUGGAGGAGCAAAAUGGUAGCAAAAUGGGUUUUCUUCACAAGGUGAAGCCUUACCUUGCAAUAGUGUCCCUUCAGUUUGGCUACUCUGGGAUGUAUGUCAUCACCAUGGUUUCUUUCAAACAUGGCAUGAGCCAUUGGAUACUCUCUGUGUACCGUCAUGUAGUUGCCCUCAUCAUUAUAGCUCCUUUUGCCUUUGUCCUUGAAAGAAAAAUAAGGCCAAAGAUGACUCUUCCCAUCUUCCUCAGGAUAGUGGCGCUUGGGUUCCUUGAGCCAGUGCUAGAUCAGAACUUGUACAACAUGGGUAUGAAGAUGACCUCAACAACAUUUGCAUCCGCCACUGUUAAUGUCCUUCCAGCCAUUACUUUUAUAAUGGCACUCAUUUUCAGGUUGGAGACAGUGAAUUUGAAAAAAUUCCACAGCCUAGCCAAGGUCAUUGGAACCUGUAUCACAGUUUCAGGAGCUAUGGUCAUGACUCUGUACAAAGGCCCUGCCUAUCAACUCAUAAAGGGGGGAGGAGCGAUCGGCCACCACGGUGGCAGCGGCAGCAAUGACGAACCUUCCGACCAGAACUGGGUGGCCGGUACAGUAAUGCUCAUAUCAAGUUGUGGUAGUUGGGCUGGCUUCUUCAUUUUGCAAUCAUUCACUUUAAAGAAGUACCCAGCAGAACUCUCACUCACAGCUUGGAUUUGCUUAAUGGGUAUCAUUGAGGGUUCAAUUGCAUCAUUCAUCUUUGAAAGAGACUUGAGUGUAUGGGUCAUAGGCUGGGACUCAAGGCUUCUUGCUUGUGUUUAUUCUGGGGUGAUAUGCUCUGGAAUGGCUUACUAUGUACAAGGGAUUGUGAGCAGGGAACGUGGACCAGUGUUUUUAACUUCUUUCAGCCCACUUUGUAUGAUUAUCACUGCUGCAUUGGGUUCCCUUGUCUUAGCUGAACAAGUUCAUCUUGGAAGUAUAUUUGGAGCUAUCCUCAUUGUGUGUGGGCUUUACACUGUGGUAUGGGGCAAAAGCAAAGACAAUAAUCAGAACACAAUAGAUACAGGGAAAGUUGAAGGUCAAGAAUUACCAAUAAAGAAUGGUACAAAAUCAGCCUCAGACAUUUUUGAAGGCAUUGAGGUCAAUGCCCCUGAUGAGAAGUUGAAGAUUGGAGCAAGAUCAUGAUGAGGGUCCUAUGAAUUUGGAAUAGCAUUAUGAAAUUUAAGAUCCUAAAGCUAGCUAACUAGAGAGGUCAAGAAAGAUUUUGUGCACUGUGAAAAUCUUUCACCAAAACCUGCCUCAGUGGCUUCAUUUUCACCUUUCCUUUUUGUUAUGUUUAACUUUUUUCCGUGUUUGCGGAAGUAUAAUGUGGAUCGUAUAAUGAAAUAAUGCUUUUGUC